AUAUUUCAGUUGGCUACAAGCCACCACCGUACAAACUUCUCAGAUCGCUCCACUCUUGUUGUCUGCUGCUCCUCGAGAUAUUGUGUGUAAAGUGAGUGAGCAAAACUCAUAUUGUCCACUGCUUGUCCAGAUUCCUAGAUCUCGUGUCGUGAUAACUCGGUCGUCCUCCGAGAAAGGUUGGUGAGAGAGAAAGCAGCAGCAGCAGCGGAAAUAGAGGGGGUUGCCCCCUUCUCUCGUCUGCCACUGUGGUGGGUGGAUAUUUCAUAUUAAUGUGAAGAGACAGAACCAAUAGCAAAAUUUCCACUUUUCCUUGGACUCCUGUCCUCUCGCCCCAUACGGAUCCAAGUUGUUCCAGUGGCAGUGGCAAGUGGUGGUAGGCAGCAGCACACGCCAUAACAUAAGCAAGCAGUGGUGGUGGUGGUAGAGCAGGAGAAAGGACACCAAGAAGAAGAACAUCUCCCAAUUUAAUAACUUUUUCGAUAUUAUGAGCAUGGCACAAAAUUUCACCCGGAGAAGAACGCCUUUGCUCUACGGUUCAGUCCCAGUCUUCUCUACCUCGACCUACUGGUUCGUCAUCUGCCUCGUCGUCAUCCCACACGUCGUCCCCUCGUCGUCGUAGUGGUGCAUCAUCGUCGCCACCAACUGUGUGUGUGUGUCAAGUCGUCGUCCUGGUCAACCAUGUCCCGGCGCAAACAGGCCAGACCCUCACGCCUCUUGGAUGAUGACGAAGAAACCGAAGGGGGCAGUGGUGGGGGGGACCUCGCUGGGGGGCGUGGUUGUGGGGAACUUGCGACCAAGAAGACAGGCAGCGGCGUUAAUAAUAAAGACACGGAUCACAACCAAGUUUUGACUGACAAGGAGGAUGCAAAUAACAAUGAGUCCAAAGAAAAGGAGUCGGAGGAUGAAGACGAAGAUGACGACGAUGAACUAAUGAAACGCGAAAACGACGAAAAAACAUUAGUCAUUCAAAAUAUGUUGUCGAAUUUACAGUGGCCAGCUGUAAGUCCGAGUGUGACUUUGGAAGCUUUACAAAAUACAAAAGUAGCGGUAGCUCAACUGGCAGCGAAUGCACUUGCGAAUAACAAUGGAGAGAAUGCACAAGAUUUGGCAGUAUUGCAAUCCACUUUAUUCACAUUACAGCAGCAACAACUGCUCCAAUUGCAAUUAAUUCAGCAACUUCAACAUCAAUUACAUGUUUCCAACAGUAAUUCGGAUGAAGAUGAACUUUCUUUGAGUUCUCCUCCACCACCUCCACCACCACCGCCAACAUCCUCCUCACUACCAGGGUCGGGUGGACCGCAAGGAAAACCGGAAAAUGUAGAGAAUCAUCACCAGCAACAUCAUCAUCAUCACCAUCCUCGUUCCCAGCAUCCGCAACAGAGUCAGAGCACCAAGAGUGGCAGAAGCAACAAGAAGCCCCGAAGUAAAGAAAAUAAUGUUAUAACUGAAGAUGAAAUAAUAGAUGAAGAGGAAGAAGGGAGGACAAAGUCUAAUUCCACAACGACGACGACGACGACAACGACGGCGAAUAACAACAACGGUCUCAAGCAUAAUAAUAAUAAUUCCGAUGGUGGUGGUGGUGGUGGCAGCAGUGGUGGUUGUGGAUUGAGCCCAGCUUUUGCUACCCUUCUUAACUGUCCAAACCAGGAUCCAAAUCGGCCCCUAUCCCCCGGUUUGCAAUCUCAUCAAAUCAACAAUAAUCAUCUCACACAGACUGAUGUUCCUAAUACACUCGCAAUGCUACAACGAAGAACUGAAGAGGUUUUGGAUUCUGCAUCACAAGGACUCUUAGCUUCCUCUCUCGCUGCUGAUAAUUGUUCCGGCAAAAAACUCGGUCCUUAUGAAAAAGGUCGCGAACCUUUCUUUAAACAUAGAUGUAGGUACUGUGGAAAGGUUUUUGGUAGUGAUUCUGCCCUACAGAUCCAUAUCCGAAGUCACACGGGUGAACGUCCCUUCAAAUGCAACGUUUGCGGGAGCAGGUUUACAACCAAAGGCAAUUUAAAAGUACAUUUUCAAAGACACACAUCAAAAUUCCCAGGAAUAAAAAUGAAUAGUCAACCAAUUCCCGAACAUUUAGAUCACUUUCACCCACCGCUUUUACAAAAUAACUCAUCCAAUCCUACAACACCAGAGCAUUCGCCACAACACACUCCGUCACAUCAACCGCCACCACCAAAUCCAUUCAUGCAUCAUCAUGCACCUUUCUUUGGGUCAUUAUUUCGCUUCGAUGUCAAACCACCAUCCCUCCCGUUCUUCAAUGGGAGCAACAACAAAGAUGCGCCGCUUUCUCCUCAGGAUCUUACCAAACCAAAGAGCAGCACUGUUAUUAAAAAAGAGGAAGAAGAGGAAAUUGAUAACGGUGACGAAGACGAUGGUCGCGAGGAGGAGGAAGAGGAGGACAAAGGGGACAAUGAAAAUGGUGAAAAUGACGAGAUAAAUUCUCCAAAACAAGAAGAAGAGGAGGAGCGAAUCAGAGAUGAGCAGGAAUCAAAGGAUGAAAAUAUCAGUACUCACGGCGACGAUGAAGAUGAGCCCGAAAAUUAUGACGAGGAAGAACAACCAGAAAAUUUAUCCAGUAAAAGCUUGCCCCUCAUGUAUCCUUUGCCAUUGGUGGCUCGCCCGUCCAGACCGUCAUCUUCAUCUGCGUCCACCCCCACAACAACAACAAACAGAUCAGAAAAUUCACCUACACCAAUGAUACGAUUUCACUCACAUCAUCAUCACAUUCAACAAUUACAACACCAACAGCAGCAGCAACAGCAGCAGCAGCAACAACACAAAAUGAUGUUUGAUCCAGCAAAGGAUCCAGCAAUUUACACAAAUUUGUUACCAAGACCUGGAUCAAAUGAUAAUGCUUGGGAAAGUCUCAUUGAAGUUACCAAAGCGUCGGAAACUUCAAAAUUGCAACAAUUAGUCGAUAACAUUGAACACAAAUUGACAGACCCAAACAUGUGCGUAAUCUGUAGAAGAACUUUAUCAUGCAAAUCAGCUCUCCAGAUGCACUAUCGGACACAUACAGAUUAUGAGACAUGGUCUUCAUGGAAAAUAGGGGAGCGGCCAUUCAAGUGCAAAAUAUGCGGAAGGGCGUUCACCACAAAAGGAAAUUUGAAAACUCACAUGGGCGUGCAUCGGGCAAAGCCACCACUUCGAGUACUUCAUCAAUGCCCCGUUUGUCACAAGAGAUUCACCAAUUCGUUGGUCUUGCAACAACAUAUUCGAUUGCACACAGGCGAGCCAACCGAUUUGACACCGGAUCAAAUACGAGCAGCCGAGGUUAAGGAUAGUUAUCCUCCAUUUGGAAAUCCACUUUUCGGCACAUUUAGCAGCAUGUCAGAGGAGGAAAUGAUGAUGAAUGAUGAUGACAGCGCAAGUGAGACGAAUGAAUCGAUUGACUCGGAAAUCAAACCCACUACAAGCUUGGCAGCGUUGGAAAAUCAAGUGCGAACAAUCACAACGACGGCAGCAUCUAAUUUUGCUGCUACCAAUUUCUCGUCACCAAAGUUAAACAGUAAUCAAAACAUCACUGAGGAUAAUGAUUCGUCAUGCUCUUCACGUGGCGUUUCUCCUCAAGCCCCACCACCGCCCCCACCACUCCUGCCACCACAAUCCAGUAUUGCACUUGACCUAACACCACCGAGAUCGUCAUCAUCAUCACAAAUAUUCAACCCUUUUCAUCACUUGCCACCCCCACCUCUUGGAUUCCCUGCAUCUCUUCUGACACCAACCACCACGGCGAAUGCUGUUGCUGCAUUGGCAAACCUAUCUUCAUUCUCACCUCUGGUUCCUCCACCAAGACUUUCUGAAAGCGAAUCUUUUCUGUGGACAGCAGCAGCACAACAAGCUCGUGGAAACACUACAUGUCAAAUCUGUUUGAAGACUUUUGCGUGUAACUCCGCUUUAGAAAUUCAUUACAGAAGUCAUACCAAAGAACGGCCAUUUAAAUGUUCCUUGUGUUCCCGCGGUUUUUCGACAAAGGUAGGUCUAACUAAGGGAAAUGCUAAACAACACAUGCUUACCCACAAGACCGUCCGAGAUAUCCCUGCUUCCUCAAACUCAUCUUUCGAGUCGAACAAACAAAAUGGAUUGGGACAAAGCGAUGAUUCCAAUAAAUCACCUCCUGAAUCGCCCAAAAGUCAACAUAGCCACAACAACAAUCAUCACCAUCAUAAUUGUAUCAAUAAUAAGCGACCAGCAUCACCAGUGUCGCCUCCACAACCCACCAAAAAAAUUCAUGAAGGUUUGCCAUCAUCAUCCUCAUCAAAUAGCGAAGAUAAACACUUAUGUAAAGUCUGUACAAAAAAUUUCUCAUCGUCAAGCGCGUUGUCCAUUCAUCACAGAGUUCACAGUGGUGAAAGACCAUUCAUUUGCAACGUUUGUGGGAAAAAAUUUACCACGAAAGGGAACCUCAAGGUCCAUCUGGGGACACACAACCAAUGGAAUGGAGCAUCCCGUCGAGGACGAAGAAUGUCCCUAGAUCCGAUGACAGUGUUUCUGCCUCACCCACAUCAUCCCCACCACCCCCACCCCCACCAUCAACAGCUAUCACAUCAUCCAAUGCUCGGGAUGAACACGACAAUCAAGUCAGAUCUCCAUCUCCCUCACCGUCCAGCAGAACUAUUCUUUCCAUUCAGCAACACCAACGCUCAACAAAAUAUCUUCCUACAGAACGGAUCUCUUAAGUCCUCCAAGGAAUCCCCUGAUGAGGAAGACAGUCAUUUAGAUGAGGAUGAAGAGUCAUCCAAAGAGAAUGGAGACAUAAAAAGCAAAAAGGUUCUUGGCAGCAGCAGCGGUGAAGCGGAAGUGGAGACCAUCGUCGGAGGUGGCAGUGGGGGUAACGACGACGGACGGGUUUGUAUAAAGGAGGAGGAGGAGGAGGAGGAAGCGUAGAGACAUAUCGUGUAUUAACCUAGUCGUUCUUUAACAUAUAUAAAAAAUGCAAGUCCCUAACUGAACAACCUUUUUCAUUGUAUACGAACGUUUCAUUUCAUCCCGAUGAACAAGUAUUUAUUUGUUACCUUAAUUUAUACCAAAAAAGAGGAGCAGAAUACGAAAAUAUUACCCCCUCUCGUCCGCCACCACUAAACAACAACUUUGCGGGGGAGGGGCUAAUAGUAUAACGGGAGUUUUCUGUGAUAACAAAAACCAGACAAAAAAUGUAUUCCUCCUCUUUUUUUUACUAUUAAUUUAUUGAUUUCCCUUCCACACACACACAAAACCAAUUACAAAAUUUUCCAUUCCAAAAAAUACUCCUUUUUUACCUCUACACACAAAUGUAUCUCAAAACCGGAAGUAUAAAACAAGGAGAUUUUAUUAUUUUUAUAAAAACAUAUACUUCCGAUUUUCUGAGUGGAUUUCAUACUACACAAAAAAUACAAAAAAGCUUUGUCCUUUUCAUCAGCUUAAUGAAAUAAAAAAAUCGUGUUUUUAACUAUUACAACAAGUAA